AUGAAGAUCUCCUGCCUUUCCCUCUGCCUCCUUUCUACAAUGUGCUGGUUGUAUUCGACACCAACAACUGGGAACAAAAUCUUCCAAUUUGGACCUUGCAUGAUUUCAAUGAACGUUAAUGAAAUUAGAGCCAGCUUCACAGCGAUCAAAGCAACCAUUCAAGCCAAAGACGCCAUCCGAACCAUAAGCAUUUUGUCAUACCCAUACUCUCUGCACAAUUUCAAUUCUGCAGAUAGAUGUUGCAUCAUACAUCACCUUUUAAGAUUCUACGUGGACAAGGUCUUCAAACACUGUGAGACUGAGGAUUCUCAUGUCAACCGGAAAAUCAGCAGCAUAGCCAAUUCUUUCCUCAGCGUCAAGAAGAAAUUCAGACAAUGUAAUGAACAAAAUGUGUGCAAUUGUGGAGAGGAAGCAAUAGAGAAAUAUAAACAAAUUCUCAGCAAUUAUGGACAGCUGAACACCACUUCUGCAGCAAUGAAAUCCCUUGGGGAGCUGGAUAUCCUACUAGACUGGAUGGAAAAGGCUCAUUAG